AUGACGUCUCCGAAACGUCGUAUCGAGACAGAUGUCAUGAAGCUUCUCAUGUCAGACUAUGAGAUCACACUAAUCAACGACAGUAUGCAGGAGUUCUACGUGCGAUUUCACGGCCCACAAGAGACCCCUUUCGCAGGCGGCGUAUGGAAGAUCCACGUUGAGCUGCCAGAUCAGUACCCCUACAAGUCGCCCUCCAUCGGCUUCAUGAACAAGAUCUUCCAUCCCAACAUCGACGAGCUCUCCGGCUCGGUCUGUCUCGACGUCAUCAAUCAGACAUGGUCACCCAUGUUCGACUGCAUCAACAUUUUCGAGGUCUUCCUUCCGCAGCUUUUGCGAUACCCAAACCCAACCGACCCUCUGAACGGCGAGGCGGCAGCUCUGCUCAUGCGUGAACCUAAGACCUACGAGGCUCGUGUCAAGGAUUACGUGCAGCGCUUUGCGACCAAGGAGAUGGCCAACGCUGCAGGUGAAGAGGAAGACGAGGACGAGGAUGAAGAGGACGAAAUGUCGGAUGUUGGCAGCUUCUCAGAUCAUGAGCCGAUGGGUGACAUGGAGAUGUGA